AUGCCAGAAGAUGAGUUCACUAGCAGUCUGACCCUUGGUGAUGUAACCUCUGGAUCCGUAACUCCGGCUACUGCCACGAUCAGUAUCGAUGAUGGCCUUGUCGUUCUCGAUGAAUAUGUCCCAAUGACCAUUUCUUAUAGUUCUAAUCGUAAGACGAUGUCCUCUCUCAGAGAGAUGUAUAAGGUUGGAACGGGGCCAUCGUCAUCCCACACAAUGGGCCCUCGCAAGGCUGCGCAGCACUUUGUAUUAACGCAUGGGAUCAACGAACUUUUGCUGGGUGGUGGGCGUGUCUUCUUCAAAGUCACACUCUAUAGCCUUUUGGCUAAGGCAGGCGUGGGCUAUCUUACCGACAAGGCAAUGCUCACGGUCUUAGAUCCCGAGAGCACAGAGUUUGUUUGGUUACCAAAUAAGAAGCUACCCUUUCACCCCAAGGCGCUGACAAUCCAAGCGUACAAAAGCGCUGAAGACCGCGAGAAAGGAAUUGUGAUGUAUGAAGAGACAUACUAUAGUGUUGGAGGAGGCUCUCUUCGUCUUGGGGACGGUUCCGCCCCAAUCUGGCCUGCAAAUAGUGAUGGGUGCAACGCCACGCCAGGGGUUGCCAACAUCACACCACCUACUGCCCCACUUUAUUCGUCAUUCACACGCUUCAGUAAAAUACGUAAAUACUGUCUAAGCAAUAAGCGUAGUCUCUUGGACUUUGUGUGGGACCAGGAGGGUCAUGAGCUUCGUGAGUAUCUAAGGAACAUCUGGACUGUAAUGAAGAACGCUGUUGAAGUUGGGCUACCAAAAACGGAACCCGUCGAGGGUUCCGGAGAUUUACGAUAUCCGCGGAAGGCAUAUUAUUAUAAAAAACAAGCCGACCAGAUUUCUUCAGAGUCCAUCAAGAAGAAUCCGCACUUGGCGUCUAUUAAAAAAGAGAAGUACAUUCUUUCAUAUGCAAUGGCUGUAUCUCAGGAGAAUGCAUCGGCCAUGACAGAGAUUGUCACUGCUCCUACAGCAUGCUCAUCUGGAAUUAUUCCGGGUGUGUUCUAUUACUACUGGAAGCACUACGACCUUCCUGAGGAGGAGCUUGUCAAUGCGCUAGCCGUAGCGGGGAUCAUCGGCAAUAUUGCAAAGUGCUACGGGUCUGUCUCUGGGGCAGAGGCAGGCUGCCAGGCAGAGACUGGAGUGGCCACCGCAAUGGCGGCUGCGGGCUGCACGUACCUCCUCAACUGUAUGAACAAAAGAGAUGAUGCGGCAAGCGCUAUAGACCCCGUCAUCUUAGUGAAGUCAAUCGAAUACGCAGCUGUGAUGGCCCUAAAGCACAACCUGGGUCUCACAUGUGAUCCUGUACGUGAUCUUGUCGUUAUACCAUGCAUAGAGCGUAACGGGAAUGCAUCUCUUUUUGCAGACGGGUGUGCUGAAGCGGCAAUCCUCGGGUUCAAUGAUGAGCUUAUUAGCUGGGACGAAGUUGUCCACACGAUGGUUGUCACCGGAAAGUCUCUGAACGAAAAGUACAAGGAGACAUCUCAGGGAGGCCUCGCGGUCAACUAUGUGCUCGAUGAGGUAGAGAGAGGAGCCACCAUAGAACGCGCUUGA